UUUCAACACUACUAUAUAACAAAUAAUUUGAGCGAUGGCUUCCGUCGCCUCAGGCUAUUACCCGUAUGUUCCCCCUCAACGAACCGCCAAACCUAUGAAGGAUCCUAACAAGCCUAAGAAGAAAAAGUCUGCCUUCGAUGUUUUCAGGAGCGAACAAAUGAUGGAAUUCAAGAGACUGAAUCCAGAGACUAAAGUUGACCUCGGAGUAUUUAUGACGAACCUAAGCGCAACAUGGGGAGCCUUGACGGACGACAAGAAGAUUCCAUACGUAUUGGAGGCUGAAAAAGACGGUGUAAGAUUUGAAGAUGAAAUGUCCAGAUAUGUGCCUGCUCCUGAAUUUGCUAACGGUAAAAAGAAGAAGAGGAAAAGAGUCAAGGAGCCCGGUGAACCGAAACGUGCUACAACUGGAUUCAUGUUCUUUUCGAACCUGACAAGACACGAAAUCACCAAGGAUCACCCUGAGCUGAGAGUUGGAGCUGUUGCUAAAAUACUCGGAGAAAGAUGGCAGAAGAUGGGGGAAGCCGAGAGAGCGCCCUACCAAAAGAUGGCUGACGACGAUAAAGUCCGAUACACGCAGGAACUGGAAGCCUUCAGAAUGAAUAAAAUGAUGAUGAUGAACGGAAAAUAAUACGUCCCCCGACAAAACCUUCCUCCUAACACACUUAAUACAUACUCAGAGACAAAAACAUUUUUAACCAAAUGAUAAUAACAAUGAUAUGUUUAUUACAUAAAUUAUGUUUAAUACAUAAAUUAACACCCAAUUAAGCGGACUGUCGCUAUAUAAAUAUUCAUAUAUAUUCAUAAUUAUAUAACUAUAAUUUCGAUCGCACAUGUUGAUUUAAAGCAGGGUGAUCAGAAGGGGCUGAGAUCCGGAGUUACAUGUCCACUUUUUAAUCACGUGUCCACUAUUUCGGUCACUGCUUCUACUUAUCGUGGUUUUUGUGAUUUUGUCUAGCUGAACUAAUCUUCACAGAUGAGCAAUCCCUCAUGCUGAUUGGACAAUGGUUAUAUGGUAUGGAGUGGAGAAUGCUUGCGGAGUGGAUCUAAAUUAAAUUGAUUUUUGUUAGGUGACUUGUAAGGUUGUAGAACAUUUGAUUUAAACAUUAAAACUAACAAUACUUGCCGGGCUAACGGGUGUUUCAGUUUAUCACAAGGUAUCUUGCGUUGAUUGAUCAGUGUUUUUAUGUAUCAAGAUAUUCAUGUUACCAUAGUUACGGGCUAUCUUCCUCGCCAUGGACUUGAGCUGAGUUUUGAAGUAAACAGCCAUUAAACAAGCCCGCAAUCGCUCUUAAGGCUGUUUAUCUUGAAACCAGCGAGUGUUAUCAGAAAGCUCCUGAACAGUCAACAGAUUACAUAAUGUUGUAAGUGAUACUGCAUAUAAUUUUUUAAAUAUUUAUUUUUCUUGUACUACGUGUCAGUGCCAUCCGUCACGUGACGUCACCUCCCCACGUGACGUCACCUCCUCACGUGACGUCACCUCCUUUUCUAGUUAGGGUUACGUGGGACAGUCAGUGUAAUUAAAAGAAUCUUGGGAGAUAGGUAUACUGUAUACAGAAAACCUUACAAUUUGUAAAACUAAAUAUGUAUAUUAUUUUCCAUUAUAAGGGGACGUUCACAUAUUACGUAAUCAGCCGAGGGGGGGGGGGGGGGGGGUUUCCAAAUGAUUACGCUAGUGUAAUUUUUACACAAUAACUAUGUGUAAUACUGAUUAAGAAGGGGGGAGGGGGAUUAUGAAAUAUGUGAACGACCCCAUUAUGUUUACCUUUAAUUGUUGAAUUAUGCAGUCAAGUGAAACAACCACUUACCCACCUGGUAUGUGCUCUGAAAAUGCUACUUUGAUUAACUUCUCGUCACCUCGGUGUGACCGGAUAUUUUGACGAAAGAACGGCGUCAAAAGGGACUCGUAGUAUGUGGUGAUGCGCGACUCAUCAGCCCUUGCACGUUUUUGAGCCGCGCACAUGUCAAAAUAUGUGGUCACACCUCAGCAGUGGAAUUGGGAAUUAACUCCCAUUGCGUACUCUCAAAGCACCAUUUUCAGACAUUUUCCCCGAUAAAUUAUUACUCUUAUUUUCAACUAGUUUCUUAAAUUUUUACUGUUUGUUGAGCAAUA